AUGCUUCAGAUCAACAGCACACAGUUCCACCCUUCCUCCUUUCUUCUGAUAGAUCCUGGGGUGGAAGAUGUGCACAUGUGGAUCGGCUUUCCUUUCUUUGCAGAAUAUCUCAUAGCCCUUCUGGGGAACAUCAUUAUCUUGUUUGUGAUUCAGACUGAACGCAGCCUCCAUAAACCAAUGUUUUACUUUCUGGCCAUGUUGGCCUGCACUGAUCUGGGCUUGUCCAAAGCCGCCAUCCCCAAGAUGCUAGCCAUUUUCUGGUUCAAUCUCAGAGAGAUUGUGUUUGGUGCCUGCAUCACACAGAUGUACACCAUCCACAUAUGCACUGGCCUGGAAUCUGUGGUGCUGACAGUCAUGGCCAUAGAUCGCUAUAUUGCCAUCUGCAACUCCCUAAGAUACACCAUGAUCCUCACCAACAAGGUGAUAGCCACUGGGAUAGUCAUCAUAGUUAGGACUUUGGUGUUAGUGACUCCUUUCAUCUUUCUUACCCUGAGAUUGCCUUUCUGUGGUAUCCGGAUUAUCCCCCAUACCUACUGUGAACACAUGGGUUUGGCAAAGUUAGCUUGUGCCAGUAUUAGGGUCAAUGUUAUUUAUGGCUUCAUUGCUUUCUCAGUGGGAUUCAUUGACCUUUCAGUGAUUGGAUUUUCCUAUAUUCAAAUUCUCCAAGCAGUCUUCCAUCUCCCAUCCUGGGAUACCCGGAUGAAGGCACUCAGCACCUGUGGCUCCCAUGUCUGUGUCAUGUUGGCCUUCUUCCUGCCAGCCCUCUUUUCCUUCAUGACAUAUCGCUUUGGCCACAGUAUCCCUCACUAUAUCCACAUACUUUUGGAAAAUCUGUAUGUGGUUGUUCCCCCUGCCCUUAACCCUGUUAUCUAUGGGGUCAGGACAAAACAGAUACGGGAGCGAGUACUAAUGAUGCUUCAUCCUAAAAUCCAUUGA